AUGGAAUUGCAACAGAGUCAAGUAGCUUCUACUUCAUCCAGUGUAGAUGUAGUGAACUUACGACAGACAGACGCUGGUGUCGUUGCGCGUACUCAGGCAACAAUUGAGAAGGUAAUGGCAGAACUAGAAGAAGAUCCUGAAUUUGGACAGAGCUGGAUCCCAUACGAUUCGCUUUACUUCACGCGUGCUAUUUCCAAGGGAGCUUUUGGUGAAGUGUGGCUGGCGCAGCUGGAGAAUACACAAGUGGCAGUCAAACGAAUACUUGAUGAAAGAAAGCACGAUGUGAAGGAGAUUGAGUGUUUUGGCGCUGAGAUUAAGCUCAUGGCUUUGUUGAGACAUCCGAAAAUUGUGGGCUUUCUCGGGGUUUCAUGCAGUAAUAAACUCGACUUAUGUGCAGUGACAGAGUUCAUGACCAAGGGCGAUCUAUACGGAAGAUAUUGCUGA